UGGUUCUCGUACCGGUGUAAAAGAUUUACAGUUUCAACAUUAUGGGAUGGAUAGGUGUUUACAUUGUUAAACGGAUGUGAAGCUUCGAGUGAUCUGAUUCGUUCUCGUGGGAGAGUUUAAAGGCUUGGCACGGUACGAGCGACUUGUGUGAUUCACCCCAGUCUUGGUGAGGCACGUGACAAAACAACUGACGGACACACGGUCCCAGCAAGUAUAUUGUCGGCUAUAUGGUUGUAGGUGACCCGCAUACACGCAGCUAAACUGUCCGUGGUCACGAAGGUGUCCCAGUUACCACUGAGUAUAGGACGUGAGUAGACAGACUAUAGUGUCUGGUGAUUCUGACGAUUUGAAAGACGCCAUCAUGACCUGCUCACUGUGUCGCCUUUCCCUCUACGUAAUCUCCCUGCCUGCUGUGGUCGUCGGCUUCAACCUCACCAUCCUCCACACCAACGACAUUCACGCCAGAUUCGAACAGACCAACAAAUACAGUGGCCAGUGCCAAGCCGAUGAUGUGACAGAGGGGAAAUGUUUUGGUGGGACAGCGCGACUUGUGACCAAAGUCCGUGAACAGCGCUCCCUCCAUUCCAACACCAUCCUCCUGUCGGCAGGGGACGAAUAUUCGGGGACGUUGUGGUUCUACAAGUACCAAGGUGCCGUUGUGGCCAAAUUCAUGAACCUGUUGCAGUAUGACGUCAUGGCCCUGGGAAAUCACGAGUUUGACCUCGGCAUCGAAGGGUUGAUACCCUUCCUCAACGACGUCAACUUCACCGUGGCCAGCGCCAACAUCGAUGCUACAGGCGAGCCUUUGGUGGAAAACAAGCUGAUGAAACAUACAGUGUUGACGGUCGGGGAUGAACGUAUCGGGGUCAUCGGGUACACUACAACAGAGACGCCGUUAAUCUCGUCACCAGGGCCAAGUUUAAGAUUUGAAGAUGAGGUUGCUGCAAUCCAGAGAGAGGUUAACACCCUGACGUCACAGGGCAUCAAUAAGAUCAUUGCCGUUGGUCACUCGGGAUUUGAUGUUGACCAACGAAUAGCAGCAGAGGUCAAUAACCUGGAUGUAGUGGUCGGAGGUCACACUAACACCUUCCUUUAUACAGGCGACCACCCGUCCAAUGAGGAACCGGAAGGAGAGUACCCCCACGUGGUGACCCAGUCGGGAGGGGCCAAGGUGCUCGUGGUGCAGGACUAUGCUUACGGGAAGUAUCUUGGAGCUCUGGAAGUGACCUUUGACCCGGAAGGUGUCAUCACGUCAUGGGGAGGCAACCCAAUCCUACUAGACAACAAAACAGCACAAGAUGAGAUGACCCUGGAGCUGAUGCAGCCAUACAAGGAGGGCGUGGCUAACGAGUCAGGCACGGUGGUGGCCAGAAGCUAUGUGAUGCUUGACGGGGACAGGUCCUCCUGUAGGGUCAAAGAGUGUAAUAUGGGUAACCUGAUUGCGGACGGUAUGGUGCACCAGAACCUGAAGCACAGCGACUCCCUGGAAUGGAACCACGUGGCCAUCGCUUUUAUGAACGGGGGCGGCAUCCGGACGUCAAUAGAGAGAGGUGACUUCACUAUCGGCGACAUCCUGACAGUUCUACCAUUCCGGAACACCGUGGACAUCGUUGAGUUGCGGGGAAAACAUGUCCGGGAGACUCUGGAGUUCACGGCGUCCAAGUGGGUGGAGAACACGAGUAAUUUAUUCGGAGGUUUCCUCCAGGUGUCUGGUAUGAAAAUUGUGUACGACAUGGCGAUGCCUGUAGGUCAACGGGUAACAGAGGUCAAGGUCAGAUGCACCAACUGCUCGGUGCCCCAUUACGUGGAUCUCGAGGACACCGAGGUAUACAAGAUCAUCAUGCCUUCCUUUAUUGCCAAUGGUGGCGACGGAUAUGACGUCAUCAACAAGAACAAGAUCAAACAUCAUCUGUUUGGGGAUGUGGACGCCGACGUAUUUAUUGAAUACGCCAAGAGCUUUUCACCCCUCACCACAGGUCUGGAGGGUCGCAUAACAUUGCGGAAGGUGGCCACGUGCCCUUGUCGCGAGACCAGUGACGUCACCCGACCAAUACCACAGCUCCUCACAUCGACAGUUGGAGUCAUUAUGAUGAUUGUUCUGAUUAUUUAAGUAGCAUUCAUAGUAAAGAGACUUGUAUCGAGAUCACAGGAGCGACUGCAGUGAUCGUUAUUUUUCUUAUGUGAUAUAAUUCCUAUAUAUAUUCCUCGGGAUAUUGAUGGACAGUGUGUUGUGCAUGAAUGUGACCAUCUCGAGAUGUGACUUGGUAGUGUGUUGUGACUGGGUGUCACCUUCUGGACAUGUGUCUUGACAGUACGUCACGAAUGGAUGUGACAAUCUUGACAUGUGUCUUGACAGUACGUCACGAAUGGAUGUGACAAUCUUAACAUGUGUCUUGACAGUACGUUGUGAAUGGAUGUGACAAUCUUGACAUGUGUCUUGACAGUAUGUCAUUAAUGGAUGUGACAAUCUUGACAUGUGUCUUGACAGUACGUCUAGAAUGGAUGUGACAAUCUUAACCUGUGUCCUGACAGUACGUCAUGAAUGGAUGUGACAAUCUUGACAUGUGUCUUGACAGUAUGUCAUUAAUGGAUGUGACAAUCUUGACAUGUGUCUUGACAGUAUGUCAUUAAUGGAUGUGACAAUCUUGAUAUGUGUCUUGACAGUACGUUGUGAAUGGAUGUGACAAUCUUGAUAUGUGUCUUGACAGUAUGUCAUUAAUGGAUGUGACAAUCUUGACAUGUGUCUUGACAGUAUGUCAUUAAUGGAUGUGACAAUCUUAACCUGUGUCUUGACAGUAUGUCAUUAAUGGAUGUGACAAUCUUGACAUGUGUUCUGACAGUAUGUCAUUAAUGGAUGUGACAAUCUUGAUAUGUGUCUUGACAGUACGUUGUGAAUGGAUGUGACAAUCUUGAUAUGUGUCUUGACAGUAUGUCAUUAAUGGAUGUGACAAUCUUGACAUGUGUCUUGACAGUAUGUCAUUAAUGGAUGUGACAAUCUUGACAUGUGUCUUGACAGUAUGUCAUUAAUGGAUGUGACAAUCUUAACCUGUGUCUUGACAGUAUGUCAUUAAUGGAUGUGACAAUCUUGACAUGUGUCUUGACAGUACGUUGUGAAUGGAUGUGACAAUCUUGACAUGUGUCUUGACAGUACGUCAUGAAUGGAUGUGACAAUCUUGACAUGUGUCUUGACAGUAUGUCAUUAAUGGAUGUGACAAUCUUAACCUGUGUCUUGACAGUAUGUCAUUAAUGGAUGUGACAAUCUAGACAUGUGUCUUGACAGUAUGUCAUGAAUGGAUGUGACAAUCUUAACCUGUGUCUUGACAGUAUGUCAUUAAUGGAUGUGACAAUCUUAACCUGUGUCUUGACAGUACGUCAUGAAUGGAUGUGACAAUCUUGACAUGUGUCUUGACAGUAUGUCAUGAAUGGAUGUGACAAUCUUAACCUGUGUCUUGACAGUAUGUCAUUAAUGGAUGUGACAAUCUAGACAUGUGUCUUGACAGUAUGUCAUGAAUGAAUGUGACAAUCUUCACGUGUCUUGACAGUAUGUCAUUAAUGUAUGUGACAAUCUUAACCUGUGUCUUGACAGUACGUCAUGAAUGAAUGUGACAAUCUUGACAUUUGUCUUGACAGUAUGUCAUUAAUGGAUGUGACAAUCUAGACAUGUGUCUUGACAGUAUGUCAUGAAUGGAUGUGACAAUCUUAACCUGUGUCUUAUAUCUGGGCAGGGGUACCCGGGGUGAGAUAUCAGGGUUUUGCUGAGCUUGGGUAUUAAGUUAUGUGACACAAUCUUAAAUACAGAGUUGCCUCCCCCUAAUUGCUACGAUUGCAUGGGUAGGCUUUGUUUACCGUUUGUACUCACUAAUCACUGUCUUUUUGCGCAAUCUCUGUGAUAUUCUCUUCAUGCAAUAAACAUUACAAGUUUAA